AUGAUAACAACAAUGCCAAAAGCAAAAGGAAUAACCAACACAAGUUUCCCAGAAGAAUUUAUUCUUAUAGGCUUCUCUCAAUGGCCUCAGCUGGAAAAAGUUCUCUUCUGGGUUGUGUCACUCUUCUACGUCAUGAUCAUCUUCGGCAACUUGAUAAUCAUUCUGCUUUCUUGUGUAGAACCUCGUCUCUACACACCAAUGUACUUUUUUCUUAGCAAUCUGUCUUUCUUAGAGCUUUGUUUUACCACUACCACAUUGCCCCAAAUGUUGUCAAAUCUGUGGGGUCCUAAAAAGACUAUCACUUACACAGGUUGUGUCAUCCAGCUCUUUGUGUUUGUCUACCUUGGUGCCACAGAAUGCAUUUUGCUGGUGGUGAUGGCCUUUGACCGCUAUGUUGCUGUCUGCCAGCCACUGCGCUACACCAUCAUCAUGAACCCUCCUCUCUGUUGGAAACUUGCCUUUAUAGCCUGGCUCUCUGGUCUCAUGGAAUCUCUGAUCCAAUCUACAAUUACACUUCAGCUGCCCUUCUGCUCUCACCAUCAAGUAGAUGACUUUCUCUGUGAGGUACCUGCCCUCAUUCGCCUAGCUUGUGGAGACACCUCCUUCAAUGAGUUACAGAUCACCAUUGCUGCUGUUCUUCUUACCAUUCUGCCUGUAGGGUUGAUUCUAACUUCUUAUGGCUACAUAGCUCAAGCUGUGGGGAAAAUCAAGUCAGAAGAGGGGAGGCAAAAAGCCGUUGCUACUUGCUCUUCCCAUCUUCUUGUGGUCUUUAUGUUUUAUGGAACUGUGGCAAUGGUUUACACAGAUCCUAAAAACAACUUUGCUUCUGAACAUGGAAAAUUCAUAACCUUUUUCUACACUGUACUUACACCUUUGUUGAACCCUCUUAUCUAUACCUUAAGGAACAAAGAGGUAACAGAAGCUCUACAAAGAUUGUUGAAGAAGCGCAUGAGGCAAAGAAGAAAUUAG